CGGCCGCCGCCGCCGCCUCCUGAGCGGCCCCGGGCGCGGCGGUCCAUGCGAGCGGCUCCCCGCGGUCCGCGGCGCGCCCGGAGCCCGGAGCCCGCGGGGACGAGGCCAAAGUUGGGCGCGCCGCGGAGUUGCGCCCGCGCCCGGGGCCCCGCGUCCCCUCGUCCCCGCGCCCCGCGAACUCCGGCGACGGCUGCGGCGGCCGAGCAGCAUGCCGAGGAGGAAGCAGCAGGCCCCCCGGCGCUCGGCAGCUUAUGUUCCUGAGGAAGAAUUGAAGGCAGCAGAAAUAGAUGAAGAGCACGUGGAGGAUGAUGGGCUGUCUUUGGACAUUCAGGAAAGUGAGUACGUGUGCAGUGAAGAGACGGAGAUCAAAGAGGCCCAGAGCUACCAGAACUCCCCGGUCAGCUCUGCCACUAACCAGGACGCCGGCUAUGGGUCGCCAUUCAGCGAGAGCAGCGACCAGCUGGCCCAUUUCAAAGGCUCUUCCUCUCGAGAAGAGAAGGAGGAUCUGCAGUGUCCCGACAGCGUCUCGUACCCCCAGGACAGCCUGGCACAGAUCAAAGCUGUGUAUGCAAACUUGUUCUCUGAGUCCUGCUGGUCCAGCUUAGCUCUGGAUUUAAAGAAGUCGGGUUCCACCACCAGCACCAACGAUGCCAGCCAGAAGGAGAGCUCCGUCCCUACCCCCACGACCCCUGCCUGCCCCGCCAGCACCACUGGCCCCACCACAAGCACGCCCAGCACCAGCUGCAGCUCCAGCACCAGCCACAACAGUACCACCAGUACCAGCAGCAGCUCGGGGUACGACUGGCACCAAGCCGCCCUGGCCAAGACGCUGCAGCAGACGUCCUCGUACGGGCUGCUCCCCGAGCCCAGUCUGUUCAGCACUGUGCAGCUCUACCGCCAGAACAACAAACUCUACGGCUCUGUCUUCACUGGCGCCAGCAAGUUCCGGUGCAAAGACUGCAGCGCGGCUUACGACACGCUGGUGGAACUGACGGUGCACAUGAAUGAGACGGGCCACUACCGCGACGACAACAGGGACAAGGACUCCGAGAAGACCAAGCGGUGGUCCAAGCCCAGGAAGCGCUCCCUGAUGGAGAUGGAGGGGAAGGAGGACGCCCAGAAGGUGCUGAAGUGCAUGUACUGUGGACACUCGUUCGAGUCCUUGCAGGACCUCAGCGUCCACAUGAUCAAAACCAAGCAUUACCAGAAAGUGCCUCUGAAGGAGCCAGUGCCAGCCAUCACCAAACUGGUCCCCUCCACCAAAAAGCGGGCGCUGCAGGACCUGGCGCCCCCCUGCUCCCCCGAAGUGGCAGGAAUGGCCACAGAGGUGGCCCUGAGUGAGUCGGCCAAGGAUCAGAAAGCGGCAAACCCGUAUGUCACGCCUAAUAACCGCUACGGCUACCAGAAUGGCGCCAGCUACACCUGGCAGUUCGAGGCCCGCAAGGCGCAGAUCCUCAAGUGCAUGGAGUGCGGCAGCUCCCACGACACCCUGCAGCAGCUCACCGCCCACAUGAUGGUCACUGGGCACUUCCUCAAAGUGACCACGUCGGCCUCCAAGAAGGGCAAGCAGCUGGUGCUGGACCCCGUGGUGGAAGAGAAGAUCCAGUCCAUUCCCCUGCCGCCCACCACCCACACACGGCUGCCGGCCUCCGGCAUCAAAAAGCAGCCUGACUCUCCCGCAGGGUCCACGGCUUCUGAGGAAAAGAAGGAGCCGGAGAAGGAGAAGGUGCCAGUGGCUGGCGACACGGAGAAGAUCAAGGAGGAGAGCGAGGACAGCUCGGAGAAGUUUGAGCCCAGCACCCUGUACCCGUACCUGCGCGAGGAGGACCUGGAUGACAGCCCCAAGGGAGGGGUGGACAUUCUCAAGUCCCUCGAGAAUACCGUCUCCACGGCCAUUAGCAAAGCCCAGAACGGCGCGCCCUCGUGGGGUGGCUACCCCAGCAUCCACGCGGCCUACCAGCUGCCGGGCACCGUGAAGCCACUACCUGCGGCCGUGCAGAGCGUGCAGGUGCAGCCAUCCUACGCCGGUGGCGUGAAGUCGCUGUCCUCCGCCGAGCACAAUGCCCUCCUGCACUCCCCAGGGAGCCUCACGCCCCCACCGCACAAGAGCAACGUGUCUGCCAUGGAGGAGCUGGUGGAGAAGGUCACGGGCAAGGUCAGCAUCAAAAAGGAAGAGAGACCCCCCGAGAAGGAGAAGAGCUCCCCGGCCAACGCUGGGUCCCCCGUGGCAAAAGAGAAUAAAGAUUUCCCUAAAACGGAGGAAGUCAGCGGCAAACAACAGAAGAAGGGCCCUGAGGCCGAGUCCGGGAAGGCCAAAAAGGAAGGGCCGCUGGACAUUCACACCCCAAACGGCACAGAGCCUCUCAAGGCAAAGGUCACCAACGGCUGCAGCAACCUGGGGAUCAUCACGGACCACUCGCCGGAGCCUUCCUUCAUCAAUCCGCUGAGCGCUUUGCAGUCCAUCAUGAACACCCACCUGGGCAAGGUGUCCAAGCCCGUGAGCCCCUCGCUGGACCCGCUGGCAAUGCUGUACAAGAUCAGCAACAGCAUGCUGGACAAGCCGGUGUACCCCGCCACCCCUGCGAAGCAGGCCGAUUCCAUCGACCGCUACUACUACGAAAACAGCGACCAGCCCAUUGACUUGACCAAGUCCAAGAACAAGCCGCUGCUGUCCAGCGUGGCCGAUUCGGUGGCGUCGCCUCUGCGGGAGAGUGCGCUCAUGGACAUCUCCGACAUGGUGAAAAACCUCACGGGCCGCCUGACACCCAAGUCGUCCACGCCGUCCACGGUUUCGGAGAAGUCCGACGCGGAUGGCAGCAGCUUUGAGGAGGCGCUGGACGAGCUGUCGCCGGUCCACAAGAGGAAGGGCCGGCAGUCCAACUGGAAUCCGCAGCACCUGCUCAUCCUGCAGGCUCAGUUCGCUUCGAGCUUGCGGGAGACCGCGGAGGGCAAGUACAUCAUGUCGGACCUGGGCCCGCAGGAGAGGGUGCACAUCUCUAAGUUUACCGGCCUCUCCAUGACCACCAUCAGCCACUGGCUGGCCAACGUGAAGUACCAGUUGAGGAGGACAGGAGGGACGAAAUUCCUGAAGAACUUAGACACAGGGCAUCCUGUUUUCUUUUGCAACGAUUGUGCCUCUCAGUUCAGAACUGCUUCUACGUACAUCAGUCAUUUGGAGACGCACUUGGGCUUCAGCCUGAAGGAUCUCUCCAAGCUGCCACUCAAUCAGAUUCAAGAACAGCAGAAUGUCUCGAAAGUCCUCUCCAACAAAACUCUGGGCCCGCUGGGGGCCGCCGAGGAAGACCUGGGCUCCACAUUCCAAUGUAAGCUCUGCAACCGGACCUUUGCGAGCAAGCACGCAGUCAAACUGCACCUCAGUAAGACGCACGGCAAGUCCCCCGAGGACCACCUGAUCUAUGUGACUGAGCUGGAGAAGCAGUAGCGUCCAGGUAUGCAAGUGACCGCGGAACAUUGCACUAAACGUCGUCGAGCUGCACUAGGCCUGGCCUGAGCCUCUAAAAUCAGUCUUUCCUUUGUUGCUGGACUGCCUGUCUGGACCUUGGUUUUUCUUACACAGAUUUUGUAGUUAUAUUUAUAUGCUCUUUGUCUGAUCUGUGCAUGUUAUUUUUCUUUUUCCGUGAGUCAAAGUCUGACCUUUAUUUUCAACAUCUGUUCUUGAUGUGAAGCUAUCUUUUGUAGGAACUAGUGGGGCACAUUACCCGGAGACAUUAUUUAGCAGUAAAGAAAGACACAAAUAACAAUGAUAAAGAGACAUCCCAAAAUGACGAAGUUGCCAUGACAAUAAAGGUCAUAGAACCUGGUAGUGUCAGGUUUAACCCUUUGAGGACUGUAAUUGCAUUUCUGUGCCUUUCACUUGAAAAAAAAAGAAAAAGGAAAAAAAGGCUUAAAGGCAUUUCAUUCAGAUCAAAAGCUGUGUCAGACGCAAAACUUAUUUAAUAAUUAAAAAAUGAGCUUUUAUAUGCAGAACUGGUUUGUGAGGGAAAGAUGCAUGCAGCUGUGGGAAGAUAGGAAGCUGUCUAGGACUCACGGGUUUGGAAGCCACAAGUCUACAUGUUUAAAACAAAAAAGAACAGACACCCACUCGCCACUAUGCCCAAACCCUCUGGAUGCUGAAAAAUGCCACUUUUGGCAAAAAAAAAAAAAAAAAAAAAAAGUAUGCAAGCUAUUAUUUAAAAAUGUGUAAAAAUGCUAUUUCUUUUUUCCUGUAAAAUAUUGCGGUUUAUAGUUAUUUACAAAUGUAAGCUUUGGUACAAGCUGACCUUUCUAUAGCGUGCUGCAUUGGUAAAUGAAAAAAAAAACAAAAAACAAAAAAAAAAAAAAAAAAAAACCGGGGCGAACGUUGGAGUCCUUUCCUUGUAAAUUGCCAGCAUCAGCUUAAAAACUCCUGUAUGUUACAUAUCGUACCAUUUUAAUCUCUUCAACUUUCUUUGUACCUUCUGGCUGUAUGCUUUCUCUUUUAACUUUUUAUAUUGUCAUUUUAUAUUAAAUUUCUGUGUAUAUAAUGUAAAACCACAAUUUUUGAAUAAAAUUGAGUUCCUGCAGCUUGAUUUUAAAUCGAGGACUUCUACUGGCACUGUGUCUCUCCAGAUGCGUGUACUCAGAGGGACUGUCAGACAGAAAUAAGUACAUAAAAACAAAGCAAGCAAUGCACUAUUAAUUAUACAUUUUGAUGUCCUAUCAUUAAUAUUGUACAGUACAUUUUGGCUCACACAAUUAAAUCCACUGUUUUCUCAGAUGUAAAAUAAACCCACAUGCAGUUCUUGAUUUA